GUUUUAAAAAGACCUCACUCAAGGGAACUCUGUACUUUGCACUUUGGUUAAAUUCUCACUUAGAUUUAAAUUCCUAAACCUUUCUUAGGAAAUUAAGCUUCUUUUGAUCUUCUCUCUUCUGAAUUGCAGAAAUCAGAUAAAACUCCCUGGUAAAAUGACUGAAAAACCUAUUAAAAAGAUUGCUAUCUUUGGAGGAACGCACGGGAAUGAGCUAACAGGAGUAUUUCUAGUUAAGCACUGGCUACAGGAUGGCGCUGAAAUUCAGAGAACAGGACUGGAAGUAAAACCAUUUAUUAGCAAUCCAAGAGCAGUGAAGAAGUGUCUGAGAUAUAUCGACUGUGACCUGAAUCGUGUUUUUGACCUUGAAAAUCUUGGCAAAAAGAUGUCAGAGGAUUUGCCAUACGAAGUGAGAAGGGCUCAAGAAAUAAAUCAUUUAUUUGGUCAAAAAAAUAGUGAAGAUUCCUAUGACAUUAUUUUUGACCUUCAUAAUACUACUUCUAAUAUGGGGUGCACUCUUAUUCUUGAAGAUUCCAAGAAUGACUUUUUAAUUCAGAUGUUUCAUUAUAUUAAGACUUCUUUGGCCCCAUUGCCCUGCUAUGUUUACCUUAUUGAACAUCCUUCCCUCAAAUAUGCAACCACUCGUUCUAUUGCCAAGUAUCCUGUGGGUAUAGAAGUUGGCCCCCAGCCUCAAGGUGUUUUGAGAGCUGAUAUUUUGGAUCAAAUGAGAAAAAUGAUUAAACAUGCUCUUGAUUUUAUACAUCAGUUCAAUCAAGGAAAAGAAUUUCCUCCCUGUGCUAUUGAGGCCUAUAAAAUAAUGGAGAAAGUUGAUUUUCCCAGGAAUGAAAAUGGAGAAAUUGCUGCUAUUAUCCAUCCUAACCUUCAGGGUCUCACACCUGGAGUCCUCACACUUCUGCAGACAGUGGCAUGCUGGAGCCAGCUCAUGCCAGUUCACAAGAGCUGAUUGUUGAAUUUUAAUGAGUUUUGUGCAUUAAUAAUUAAUAUAUAAUAAAUUAUUACAUUAUCAUUAAUAAAGGCAACACAGCCAUUAUUAAGAACUAAAUCAAACUUUCAGUUAGAAGAUGAAUAAGUUCUAGGGAUCUAAUGUAAAACAUGAUGACUGUAGUUAACAAUAUCAAAUUGCAUACUUGAAAUGUGUGGAGAGAUCUUAAAUGUUCUUACCACACAUGCACAAAAAUGAAAACUAUGCAAUGUGAUGGGUGUGUUAACCAACUUGAAAUUGGUGAUCAUUUUACAAUAUAUACCCAGUCCUCAUACUGUACACCUAAAGUUUAUACAUUCUUAUUUAUCAAUUGUACAUCAAUAAAGCAGAGGAAAAAAGAAAUUAUUUGUAUAAUUUAUAAUUAUUUGUAUAAUGACACAUAUAUCCACAUGUGCAUGCACACAGACACAUAGUGUCUCAUACACACAGUGACAGAGAACAACUUGUUAAGAACAUGUUUAAAAGUUUAAUCAUAGAAACAAUUAAGUAAAUUAUAUUUCAAACAAAGAUAAUAAAUGUUCAAAACUGAUCACUUCCUAGUUCAUAUACUGUAUUUUUCAACUACCUAUGCUUUGAGUUUUCUUACAUCAACUGUAGCCGUAUGAUGGAAAAGCUGUAAUGAUGCAUAACUGCACAUCUCUUCCUAAAUUGAUGUCCAGUGGUAGCUGGAAAUUGCCUGUGGGGGGAAUAUUUGUAGCAUUUCAUGAAAAUUGGUAAAUGCUACAAAUCAAAGAUUGACUCACUGUUUUGCUGAUGUCUACAUCUAGAUUUAAGACAGUGAUAAAAGAAAUGUUAAGGCAGAUUAAAUUUUUAAAUAUGUCCUUCUAAUCACCUGGCAUGGUGGCACAUGCCUGUAAUCCCAGCAGGCUAAGGCAGGAGGAUUGCCAUGAGUUCAAGGCCAGCCCAGGCUACAUAGGGAGUUUGAGGCUAGCCUGAACUACAUAGCGAGAUCUUGUCUCAAAAAAACAAAAAAAUAAAUAAAAUAAAAUAAAGUAUGUCCUUCUAUACCAUUACAUUAUGAAUAACACACAAAUAUUAACAAGAUAUCCUUCUAGUAUUUGCAAACAAUUAUCCAAUUCAGCAAAGAAAUUGCUCACAUCAUUGACAAACAAGUAAAGUUUCAACAUAAAUCUUCACUGUUUCACUUUCAUCUUACUGCUUAUAAAAUAUGAACCAACAUUCACUCCAGAAGAGAACAACAUUAAUUUGUCAAAUUCAACCAUAAGGCUGGCAACGAAUGUAAAAAUUCUAUAAAAGCAACAAAUUAUUCUGUGAGAUUCAACCGGUUACAUGGAAUUUACAAUAAAGUGUAUUGCAUAUUUUAUUAUUUGCAAAUUGUAUGUUACACAUCCUUUGUAUGCUAAAAUUUGUAAUUUUAUAAUUUCUAAUAAAUGCAUGUUUGUAUAUCUAUAUGCAAUGUACUGGUCUGUGUGUUAUCUGUAUACACACACAUAUAUACAUGUAUGCAUGCACGCACACACACACACACACACACACACAUAUAUAUAUAUACAUAAUAUAUAUUAUGUAUACACUCCCAUACACACAGUGACAGCAAACAACUGUUAAAUAGUUUCCAGCACACCACUGCCCAGGGAUGAGAACUUUUUUUUACAAAAGUGUGUCCUUCCUCAAUGCCCAACAAACCUGAGCAUUUUAAGGUCUGGACAUGUAAAUUCUGACCAAAGGCAAAAGGAGACUGUGGCAUUCAGAAGAAAGAGCAGUGAGCUGCCCCUUGUUAAGCCCCUAUUCUCUGGACCUCAAUUUCCCAUCUGAAAAAACGAACACCCUCUGCGCCCUACCCCACCCCCAUCCACAG